AUGUUGAGCUGCACCACCGCUACCAGUAACACCGACUCUGCCAGCACAGCCCUUGGAAGGCACAUUUACAGCAUCGUCAUCGUUCUCAGCAUCCAUCUCUACCCGAAGACCCAACCUUUUCAGGUCAGUACGAGUGAGGAGACUGAUGUCAAGCAUGUGCAGGCCCCGCUCGGCGAGGCAGGCCCGGAUGCUGCCCUCAUCUUUGUUCCUGUCGGUCGUGAUAACGAUGCUGUCCCAAUAAAAGAACCGAUUGCUGCUGAAUUGCUGCUGAUCAGUCCGCGGGCAUCCAUUGUGAUGCUGCUCAGAAGAGCAUACAGCCUUGUCCAAAUAGUCAGCGUGACAGGCUGUACUUGA